UGUCACAAACCCAAAGUUUGUUCUUUUUAUUUGUACCAACAGGUAAACAGACAUAAAUCUCAUGGGCGAGGAAAACCAAACCUCUGUGGCUGAGUUUAUUUUCUUUGGCCUUUCACAGGACUUGAAGACCGAAAUCCUGCUAUUUACUCUUUUUCUCAUCAUUUAUCUUUUGACUGUAUUUGGAAACCUGCUCAUCAUCAUUCUCAUCUUCAUGGAUUCUCGACUUCACACUCCCAUGUACUUUUUUCUUAGAAACCUCUCUUUCGCAGAUCUCUGUUUCUCUACUAGCAUUGUCCCCCAAGUGUUGGUCCACUUCCUUGUAAAGAGGAAAACUAUUUCUUUUUUUGGAUGUAUGACACAGAUAAUUGUCUUCCUUCUGGUUGGGUGUACAGAGUGCGCACUGCUGGCGGUGAUGUCUUAUGACCGGUAUGUGGCUGUCUGCAAGCCCCUGCACUACUCUACUAUCAUGACCCACCAGGUGUGUCUCCAGUUGGCCAUAGGAUCCUGGGCCAGUGGGGCACUAGUGUCUCUGGUGGAUACCACCUUUACUUUCCAACUACCCUAUCAAGGACAGAACAUUAUUAAUCACUACUUUUGUGAACCUCCUGCCCUCCUGAAGCUGGCUUCAGCAGAUACUUAUAGCACAGAAAUGGCCAUCUUUGCAAUGGGCGUGGUCAUCCUCUUAGCUCCUGUCUGCCUGAUCCUUGUCUCCUACUGGAAUAUUAUCUCCACUGUGAUCCAGAUGCAGUCUGGGGAGGGGAGGCUCAAGGCUUUCUCUACCUGUGGCUCCCAUCUCAUUGUUGUCAUCCUCUUCUAUGGGUCAGGAAUAUUCACCUACAUGCGGCCAAACUCCAAGACCACAAAAGAGCGGGAUAAAAUGAUAUCUGUGUUCUAUACAGUGGUGACGCCAAUGUUGAACCCCAUAAUUUAUAGCCUGAGAAACAAGGAUGUCAAAGGGGCUCUCAGGAAACUAGCUGGAAGAAAGUCCUUUUUUCAGAGGCAGUGAUCUCUGGGUUUGACUUUUAGAACUAUGGUAACAUCCUUAAAAAAGGUGCAGGCUUUUGGUAGGCAGUUAUGAAUUAGAUCAUUUCAAGAAGCAUAAAAGUGAAGGACAUGUUCUAAAAUCCAUGAAUACUCCAUGCUAAACUAGAACACAGAGGAGAAAUAAAAUGAUAAAAAGUUAGGUUUUCUUGAUUAUGAAACACAUCAAGUACUAUUUUGGAGUUUGCGUUUGUGGUUAAUUCAGCUAAUAUGGAUAUGUUUUAAGCAUGGUCACAAUUGAAUCUAAGAGGUUUAAACUGGAUUAUUUGAAGUAACAUCUAAUAUGAGUUGCAUACAUGACCCUAACAUCGAAGACAUUUCAGAUUUAGAUGUCCCAGUCAUAUAAAUCUCCAGGAAUAGGCUCUGAUAGAAGCAACCAAUAUAUUUGGAAGAGUCUUUAAUACUGGGAUCAUUCAUGGCUCAGCAUUUCAGCUUGUAAAAUGGUACCAAAAGCAAAAUAUUUCCUAGUUCAUGAUGUUUUCUCUUGAAAGCUCAAAAAAAUGAGUUUUUUAAUCUCAUCAUCCCAAAUUUCAUAUUAACAUAGACUAUCAGAGUAAAAAGGGAAUUUCACAGUCAUUUAUUCCAAACAUAGGCCUGAGACUUAAACCAGUUUAUAAUAUUUCUAUUGAGUAACUGUCCAGCAUUUGCCGAAACAAGAAUAUAUAGCUCCCUACUCUCUUGGAUUAUUCUCUUUCAUUUAUACAUCUACCCUUGAACUAGAUUGUGCCAACCCUCACAUAUUUGAAAAUCUGCAUGUAACUUUUUGACUCCCCCAAAACUUAACUUCUAAUAGCCCACUAUUGACUGGAGGUCUUACUAAUAACAUAAACAAUCAACACAUAUUUUCUAUGUUAUAUUUAUUACAUACUCUAUUCUUACAAAAAGUAAGCUAGAGAAAAGAAAAUAUUAAGAAGAGCAUAAGAGAAAAUACCUUUACAUCACUGUACUGUAUUGAAAAAACUCCAUAUAUAAGUGGACCCAUGCAAUUCAAACCUGUGUUGUUCAAAGGUCAGUUAUAGAUAGUUCUUAGCUAUUACAAAGAUCUUCCUUAUGGUAAGUCAAAAUCAAUUUUCCUUUAUGUUGAACCCACUUUCCUUAGUUUUAGUCCUAGAACAGCUUUCAUUAUACUAUACCACAAUUCAUUGAAGUCAGUUUCUAUACUUGCCCAAAUUCAAUCCUCACAGCCAAACACCCAGUUGUUUCUUUAAAUUUCCUUCACGUAAUGUGCUUUGGCACCCUCUCACCAUUCUGGUCAGCCUCUUUUGAAAGGGCCCUAUUUACCCAAUGGAUAUCUCUUCCAAAAGCAAAAGAGAAAUUAGAAUUUGAGGAAUUGGAGUUUACUAAUCCUAGGCUGACCCCUUCAUAGGCUUAGAUGCCUAUAACCACAUCUGACUGUGUCUCAACUUCUCUACAAUGGUCAAUUCUGGGGUCUACUUCAGGUUUCAUAAACCCUCAGUCCAAACAAUCUGGCUGACAGCCCUUGCAUAUUUUCCCCCAACUUUUAGCCAAUCACAUGUCUAGAGGGGAUUCCAUGAUAUCCAUUCUACAGUUACCAUGGAUAUGAGUCAGGAACUACUGACUCUUCAGUAGAAGACCUCCCCAGUGAAGUAAUAAAAUCUAGUAGCUAUAUUUCUUAUUUCUUUCAUUCACGCAUCCAUGCAUUCAUUUUAAAAUAACUUAUUGAGCUCUUAUUUUAUCAUAUCCAACUCUGAUUGUAUCCAAUACAUCCAGAACAAUGACAGACACAUAAUGUGUUUUAAUACACAUUUCUGCAUUUGUUACUAUUCUUUUAAAAUUACUGAAGGUGCACUACAAUAGACAAACGCCAAUCUGGGCAUGAGGAUCAGAGGAAACUCAUUCAAACAGAAUGUGCUAGUUGAAGUGAUAUAGACAAGGACAAAACACUAAUAUGUGAAGUUGGUGACUUGGCUGCCUGUGAUGAUCUAAAUGAAAUCUAUUUCAGUAACAGGAGGAAAAGUAAGACAAUGUGAACAGAAUAUAUGAACACUAAUUUGGAGAAGUCUCACCAUGGGGAAGAAGGAAGAAAUAGGGGUGGCUGAGAAAGUGGGAUUGUGAGAUUUUUACUUUAUUUUAGAUUCCUAAGUCACUUCCCCCUUUUCCUUGAAGACUUUAAGCUCUGGAUCACUGUCACUUUCCCAAGACACUACUCCUGUUAUAGAUCUUAGUUAUCUAAUUUUCACAUAAAAUCAAAUAUUCAAAUAUCUGCAUUCUCAGAAUUCCCUGAUCUUCAUUCCUCCAAUGAUCUCAGCCAUUCGCUCCAUGGUCAUAUCUUUAAUAUUGCCAUUACCAAUACUUUCCAUUCCCACUCCAAAUUCUGAAACCACAGACUCCUGAGCAAAAUAAAAUGGUUACUGUUUUAAGGCACUAAGUUUUGAGAUGGUUUGUUACACAGGAAUGGAUAACUCAAAUGCUGAGAGAAUUAUGCUCCCAUUCAUUCCAUCAAAAUAGAUGCCAGUGGGAAUUUUUCACAUUACUAAUAGAAGCUUCCUCUCUCUCUCUCUCAAAACGAACAAACCAACAAAAAAUAUGAUAUAUCUCCUGCUAUAGUGAGAGGGAAUAAAUUGUCAGAAUGCUUCUAAAGAAAAAAAUUUAGUGCAUACACCCCAAAAUAAUAAUAAAGAUAAUAUAUGAUUAGGGUUCUUAGUUGUAAGUAAUAGAGACUGACUAUGUGUGAUUUAAGCUAAAAGGAAAAAUACUGAAACAAAGGUAAUUCUGGUCCUGCAGCCAGAACUACAGGCCAAAAUCCUGUCACAGAAUGGGUGUCAUGAGAACAUCACUGCCGUUUAGCACUAGAUGGCGCACUUUACUCUGCCAACACCAUCAGCCCAGGCCCUGCAGAGGAAGCUGCUGAUUCCCUGAGGCUGGAAAUUGGGACGUUGGUGCUUCCUCUGCCACUGACAGAAAAAGAAAAAAGAAGUUAUCUGCUGACAAGCACUACAUCAGUCAGGUGAUCAAGGUUAACAGCAAUGGUGAUAAGUCACGUUGAUAUAUAUAUAUACCCUUGAGAUGAUGUGAUGGAAAUAGCGCUUUAUCUUUGUGAUUGUCCUUCCCUAAACCCAUAACUUCAGUCUAAUCAUGAGAAAAACAUCAGACAAAUUGUAAUACAUGAUCUUCCUAUAAAAUAUAUGGCCAGUAGUCCUCAAACCUGUGAAGGUCAUCAAAAACAAGUCUGAGAAACUGUCACAGCCAAGGAAGCCUUAAGGAGACAUGACAACUAAAUGUAAUGUGGCAUCCUGGAUGAGAUCCUGAAUCAGAAAAAGGAUAUAAGGGGAAAGAAAAGAACAACAAAGAAAAUCCAAAUGAAGUAUGAAUUUUUGUUAAUAAGAUAUCAAUGUUGAUUUUCUUAAUUAUAACAAAGAUACCACAAUAAUAAUGGAAGAUAAGUGGGAAUAUAGGAACUAAGGGUACUUCUCAGUUUUUCUGCAAGUCUAAAACUGAUUUGAAAAGUAAAGUCUAUUUCUAAAAAAAGAAAAGAAAUAGUUUGCUGUCCUUGCUUUUUCAUGUC